AUGCCCAGUGCCCCGUGCGCGACAACAUCGGUCACCCUGCCGGAGAGGUACACGAUGCCCGAAGACGACGAACAGCAGUCGGAGGAUGAGAUCAUUCGCCCUGCGCGGGUGGUGCCGGCGGCACGGACUGAGAGGGUGAAGGAGUACGUGGUGGACAAUUCCCAGCUGCAAGCCGAUGCACCAGGCGUGGCCUACCGCUUCAGCUGCCAAUUGGACGACCGCGAUGAACGGCGGCCUGUGGCGGCGUGGGGAAGCAUCGUCAGUGGGGAGGAUGCUUCGGAGGGCUGGGUCCGCGUUGGUGAUCGCUUCUUGCCCAUGGAGGUGAAUGAGUGCAGAGUACUGGUUCGACGGAACCCCUCGAAAUUCAGGGGGGAGAAGCGACUGGAAGAUUUGGAUGAGUCGGAGGAGGACGAGCCCAACGAGGCGUCCUCGGCGCCGUGGAAGGGCGCCCAGCGAAGCUCUGCGAGGAGGGAGACGCCCGCCGAGCGUCGGGCGCGGCUCUUCUUGGCCGAGCAGCUGCGAGCCAGCGACCAAGAGCACGAAGACUACGAGCGCCGCAGCCGGGAGUUGUUGAAGAAGCAUCAGCAACUGCUCCAAGAGCCUAUGGCCACACACUACUCCGUCUUGGGCAUCCGACGGAGCGCCACGGUGGAGGAGAUACAACAAGCCUUCAAGGCCUUGUGCAAGCUCUACCACCCGGACAAGGUGGAGCCUGGCCAUGCUGGCACUGAGCGUGCCGCGCGGGAGAGGGCCAUGGCCCAGCUCAACGAGGCUCAUGCAGUGCUCAGCUCCGAAAAGCGCUGGGCCUACGACCGGCAGCUGCUUUCGGCAGAGAAGGUGGAGCCGGAGGAGGCCACGGCUGUGGGACCCAAACCCGAUUUGGCAGAUGCUGACUUCGACUUCACCGGUGAUGGGAGGCCCUUCCGCUCCUGUAAGGGUCGGGCGGCCCGUGUGGCCAAGUCCUGCGGCAGUCGAGAGAAGGCAGUCUCCGACUGCGGCAGUCGGAGGGGCGCGGUGGGCCAAAGCCCUAUGGAGCUGGCCGAUUGCAAGGGGGGCCUCUUGGAGCAGGGAUCGCCCCGCGUCGUACGUCAGGUGAUUCGCCAUGUGGGCCCCAUGACGCCCUUGGGCGGUCUCGGGGAGCUCGAGGCCGAGGGGGCACAGAGGAGCGGUGCUUCACGGACUGGGUGUGGACAUCCGAAAUGCUCAGCACAUCGCCUGAAAUACCCCGAGGCCGACCGCGCAACGAGCGAAGAGAUAUUCGGGCUGGCUUUCGUGAUUUCAUCGCCGGGGGCCCCUGGAAGAUGUGCGGUGGAGCAGGUCUCCAAGGUCCGCGAUGCCCUGCGCACGCAGACGGUGUGGUGGGGACCGGAAGGCGUGAUCUUGGCCCUAUUCGACGUCGACGGAACCUUGACGGAGGCCAGGAAGGUGGUCUCGCCUGAGACGGUGAGUUUCCUGCAGGCACUGCGGAAUAAGAUUUGCGUUGGCGUUGUUGGAGGCUCCGACCUGGUGAAGCAAAAGGAGCAGCUGGGCGACAGCCCAGCCUUGUUUGACUACGCCUUCUCAGAGAAUGGACUUCUUGCAUUCAAGGAUGGUCAGAAGAUCGGCGAGACUUCGAUCGUUCAACAUUUGGGAGAGGCGAACCUGAAAAAGGUCAUCAACUGGGCCUUGAGGUACAUCGCAGACUUAGACAUCCCAGUGAAGCGUGGCACGUUCGUGGAGUUCCGCCAGGGUAUGCUGAAUUUGUCUCCCAUCGGCCGGAACUGCAGCCGAGAAGAGCGAAAUGAGUUUGAGAAGUUUGAUUUGGCCAGCAACAUCCGAAAGACCAUGGUGGAGAAGAUGAAGGUGGAAUUUGCGGACCUGGGGUUGACCUUCUCCAUCGGUGGCCAGAUCUCCUUCGACGUCUUUCCCACCGGCUGGGACAAGACAUACUGCUUGCGGUAUCUGCCGGAGGCAGACUUCGAUGAAAUCCAUUUUUUCGGCGACAAGACCUUUGAAGGCGGCAAUGAUUUCGAGAUUUUUACACACCCACGAACCAUUGGCCACAGCAUCGAUGAUCAACAACCUUUGACAACUCUGAAAAAGCUCGAAGAGCUUUUUGGCGUCCCGGCGCCCAAGUCCUUGACUCCGCCCGGCGCGCACUGA